UUCUCUUUCGUUCUCAAAGACACUCGCGGUUUCCCUUAUCUUUUCUGGCAUCGGUACAGACUUUUAAAGUAAUAGGAUCCGCAGACAUGGCGACAACUACGGAAAAACCUACGAUGCCUUCCUCAGACUCUGAGAAGACAGCAAACAUGGCAGAGAAACAGAAGGCACCUCAAUUAAUGGAGAUCAAUGAAACCGGCCAUGUUCAGGAACUGGAACGAAACUUCUCUCUCUUUUCAAUCUGCUCUGUUGGUAUCGUCACCGGCAACACCUGGGCAGCUCUUGGAGGAUCAAUUGUCAUUGCCAUCUACAAUGGAGGACCACCUGGUGUGUUAUAUGAGUUUAUCGCGGUCUCUAUAUUCUAUUGGUUGAUUGCGGCUUCACUCGCAGAACUUGCGUCCUCGAUGCCAUCGAGUGCAGGAGUAUAUCAUUGGGCUUCUAUCACACCAGGUCCUAAAUAUGGUCGUCUGAUUGGGUGGUUUGCUGGGUGGUGGAAUACGUUCGCUUGGAUGUGUGGAACAGCCACAAUGGCAAGCAUCAGUGGACAGAUUUGUGUUGCGAUGUAUGGAUUAUAUCACCCGAAUUACUCUCCGGAGAGAUGGCACGUCUUCAUUGCAUACCUGAUCAUCACCUGGACAUGUUGUUCGAUUGUGUUAUUCGCCAACCGAGCUUUGCCGACUAUCAAUAACAUCGGGUUAUUCUUUAUUCUGGCGGGCGUCUUCAUCACAAUCGUGUGCUUCUCGACUCUGCCACAUACUGCUGGGACUGGAUACGCGACUUCCUCCUUCGUUUGGGCCGAAUGGUCAAACCAGACCGGGUACACCAGCAACGGCUUCGUCUUUUGUGCGGGCAUGCUCAACGGUGCAUAUGCAGUUGGAACCCCAGAUUGUGUAUCUCACCUCGCAGAAGAGAUUCCAAAUCCCAAACGAAAUGUUCCAUUUGCCAUCGCAGCACAAAUGGUCACGGGUUUCGUCACAGCAUUCUGCUAUGCGAUCACCAUUUUCUAUGCGAUAUCUGACCUCGACGAAGUCCUUGCCGCGCCAUACUUCCCAUUGGCAUUCAUCUACGCUCAGGCCACUUCGAGCAGAGCAGGAACAACGGGUCUGUUGUUUCUAAUCCUGGUUCCUAUUCUCUGCUGCUGCACCGGUACCUUCAUCACAUGUGGCCGUUGUCUUUGGACCAUCGCCCGUGAUGAAGCCGUACCAUUCUCAGGCACAUUCAGCAAGAUCGACCCCAAGCAUAAGAACCCUUUCAAUGCCACUGUAUUCUGCGGUGUGUUCUGUACCAUCCUUGGUUCGAUAUACGUCGGGUCCUCCACAGCGUUUAACGCCUUCGUUGGCUCAUUCGUCGUCCUAACCACGCUCUCAUAUGUCGCAGCCAUCCUCCCGUUCGUCUUUACGCGCCGCUUUUCCCCUAUUUCAGCUGACCCUGGUCCAUUUACAAACAAUAUGAGGCCUGGGCCCUACCAGAUGGGACAUUACCUUGGCUAUGCGGUCAACAUCAUCGCGUGCUCAUACAUCCUUGUUUUCGUAGUCAUUUACUGCUUUCCAUACGCGAUGCCUUUCGAUGCAGUCAGUAUGAACUACGCUUCUCUGAUUACUGGCUCGAUGACCAUCUUUGCAGCUAUCUGGUGGUUUGUCAAGGGUGGGAGUUAUGUUGGUCCUAGAGCUCUCAUCCAUGAGGACGAUAUUACUCAUGGAGUUAUGCUGUCAGAAGCUUGA